AGCUAGCAAGCUAUGCCAGCUCAUCAGGGGUGUAUACCGCCGAUUCGGUUAUAAAACGUUUCUUAAACGGAAGCAAACGAAACGGGGAGGGGCCUCCCUGAAUUUUGUCGAAUAGAAACAACCGUUUUGCUCUGUUUGCUUAUUAAUUGAUAAACGGUUUCCGUGAUGAAUACACCCCCGUUGAAUGUAACGUUAGCUAGCUAACGUGACUGUCAAUAACACGGCCCAGUUUCCCCAAAACAUUUUAAAGGCUAAAUUCAUCGUUAUCACCUUAGUAGUAGCAUCGUUAAAUCUCCGAGCUGUUUCACAAAACCAUCGUUAUUAACGUUGAACUAGAAAAUGCUCGUAAUCUAGCGCCUGUCUCAGGCCAUUCGUAGAACAGCUACAUGCGUUAGAUGUUAUGUUUCACUAUAUUGGGAUACAUCCGAGCCCCUGUCUUGUAAUGAUGCCUGCACGCAGCACUGUUGCUGGUGGUGGGGUAUCCAGUAACAAAGUUAAGUACUCAAGACUAGCUGGCGAUGAGGAUGGCUACAUUGACUUGCAGUUCAAGAAAAGCCCUCCCAAAGUUCCCUACAAGGCUAUUGCCCUGGCUACAUUCCUCUUCCUGAUUGGCUCCUUACUGAUUGUAAUCGGUGCGCUUCUCCUUGCAGGAUCCAUAGAAGUUUCGCACCCGGACCGUACAGUUCCAGUCCUCAUCAUUGGGAUCCUUGUGUUCCUUCCUGGAUUCUACCAUUUACGAAUCGCCUACUACGCCUCCAAGGGUUACCGCGGAUACUCCUAUGACGACAUUCCAGACUUUGACGACUGAGCCACCCUUUUGCCCCUCUUAGCUGCAUGAGAGACUGUUUCAUUUACCUCGAGUAUCUCCCAGACUGAGAAACAGCAUCACCAAGUGGCUUAACUUUACUCUCUUUGUUUUAUUGCAUAUCACAUGUGUGCAAUGCGACUGUGGCUUUAAACUUAACAGUAUUUAUUACUGAUAGAGCAUUAUAGAUUAUGCAAGAGUAUUUAAGAUAUGCAAGGCAUGUUAUAUAUUUAUGUCAUGACUAUCUGUUUGUAAUGCUCUCUAAAGAUGUGUGAUUGGUUGUAAAAGAGACUAUCCAGUUUACGUUACAUAUUUAUGAUAAUAAUAAAAUAAACGAUCCAAUGGCAUGGCUUUGUACAAAUACGUA